AUGCCCAAAGGGAUGCCAGCCUGGGCGUUCAUCCUAGGUAUCUGCUGCGUCCUCCUCUUGCCCAACAGGGCUACCACCCAUGUCAGCAGUGAAGAUGCCUCGCUUCUGGCCGCAGAGCCCGAGUCGCUGCGCUGCUUCUCCAGGCAGUUUGAGGACCUCACGUGCUUCUGGGAUGAGAGAUUAGUCCCAGGCAACACCCACCGGCAGGAAAUGGGGUGUGGGGUGGGAGGAGACGGGAUAAAGAAGUGGGGAAGGGAGAACCGAAGGAGGGGAGAGGGGCAGGACAGUGGCACAUCCCCUCCCUCAGUUCCCGCGCCUGGAGAGCACAAGGGCCUCCGGGGUCCCUUAGAUCUGUGCCUCACCCGCAGGGAGGAGCCCCAAGUGUGCCCAUUGAGCUGCCAGAGGCUGCCCAAUGGAGGGCUCCGACACGUCUGUCAAAUCCAGCCUACCGACGGCGUGCGCCUCUUUGCCAAGUUGACGUUGUGGGUGUGGGACCCUGUCAAAGACCGAAACCGGACCCAGCGGGUGCUCAGCUUGGAAAACGUGGGCCUGCCUGCCCCACCUAAGAGCAUCACUGCAGUGACUUCUGGUCAGACUGGGGAGCUGCAAGUCACGUGGGAGGUGCCACCCUCAGAAAUUAGUGACUUCAUGCAGCAUGAACUCCAAUAUGGCCUUUUGGACCCCAGCAAUUCUUCUCAGCCCACGGUCACAGCGCUGCUCCAAGCACCCAUGUGCUGUCCUUUCAUGAGGUGGCCACACACCCAGCCACACCAGGCCACUGCAACCCCUAGGCCUGACCUGGCUCCAGCCCAGCUCCCAGGGACGCAGUCUAUACAACAGUACCCCACCAUCGAGGGACCCUCCAGAAAAGGAUACAUGAGCCAGGGACCUGCCAUCAGGGGACACACAGUGCCACAGUGGGAUGGCCCAGGGCAGCUUGGGGCCACCAGAGAAUCCCAAGAGCUAAUCGGUGGAAGCUGUAUCAUCUCAGGAUUUCAGCCGGGGAUCUCAUAUUGGCUCCAGCUCCGGAGCAAACCUGAUGGGAUCUCCCUUGAGGGUUUCUGGGGACCAUGGUCAUCUCCUGUAACUGUGACCCUGCCACGGGAUGCAAAGGAGAUUGGGCUGCAGUGCUUUACUCAGGACCUGGAGCGCAUCACGUGCCAGUGGCAAGAACCAGUCCAUCCCACCACCUCCCACGGCUACUUCUACCACUGGAGAGCCAGCAGCUGCCCCAUGGGCAGGGGCCCAGCCUGGCAGAAAUGUGAGAAGAUGAAUUCCGGGGCAGAGGAAACCCCAAUCUCCCAGUGCCACUUUGAGUCUCAAAAUGACAGUGCCAUUCACAUGCUGGUGGAAAUAACCACUGAACAGGGCGCCAUCUAUCAAUACCUUGCCACUCCCUUCUGGAUGCAUCAAAUCGUUCUCACUGAAGCUCCAGAGCUGCACUGGACAACCGGUUCCAGUGGGCAGCUCAAGCUGACCUGGAGGCCCCCCUUGCCCUGGCUGCCGGGGCAGACCCACUAUCAGCUCCGCUACUCUGGGCAGAAGCUCGGGCACUGGAAGGUGCUGGAGCCUCCGCGGGGUGCGCUGGGAGAAACGCUGGAGCUGCGACCCGGGGCCGAGUACCGACUGCAGCUGCGCGCGCGGCCUGACGGCCCCACCUACUACGGACCCUGGAGUGCCUGGUCUGCGCCUGCGCUCGUGGAGAUUGCGCCCGAGAACGGCUGGGUCUCCGUGGUGACGAGCGCGGUGCUGACGCUGGUCUUCGGAGGCCUCGUGGGCCUCUUGUUGCGGCGCCUCUUCCCGGCGCAGUUCAGGGCCCUGCGGCAGACCCUAUGGCCUCCACUUCCCGACCUGCAUCGGGUCCUUGGAGGCUUCCUCACUGAGCCCCCAGCCUCCAUGAGCCAGCCCAAGACCUCAGCCUCAGGAGUAGAUGAAGAAGAGGAACCAAGCCUCUUGGAGGUCCUUUCUGAGUCUGUGGAUGGCCAGUCCCAGCUGGACUACCCAGUGUUGCUGCAGGCUGGCUGCCUGGGGUCCUGGGGACCCCCCUUAGCCCCAGUCCCUUCAGAUUCUGAGUUUGAUCCCACCACCCAUAUCGACAACUACUCCUACCUGCCUCACUUGUCCCACCCUCCCCCACUCUCAAAUCACUGCCACCAGCCCUUGGGAACAGUACCUUUCCCUAGAGCUCUUGGGCCUGAAUGCCUGCCAGUGACUCCCUUUACCCCACUGCUUUCCCAAAUGAGUUCCAGCUCAGCUUACUGACCCUCUCGACCUCCUGAGGACCCGUCUGACAGAGUGGGGCCCUUGCCCUGAUGGGGCACAUCCCCAUCUCCUGAGCAAUCCUUCUGUCCUCGGCUGCUCACCCUCUCAGGAAGAUCCCCCAAACUAAGCCCCAUAGAGCGCAGUUGUGGCCAAGCUGCCCCCUCCCCCCUAGUGCCCAGCCCUAACACCACUCACCGAUUAUGGAAGCCUGAGCAAGGCUGGCUGCAGGUUGUCUGGGCCUGGUCUUUGCCUCAGCAGCCAUCAGUCCCCAGAGUGGCCAACCCUAGGGACUUGAGCCUUUAUUACAAAGCAUUUGGGGUCUAUCCCAACACCCAGGGACAGAAUUUUUCCCAAAGCCUCUGCCAACCUCAUUGUACAGAGCAGGAAGCAGCCAUUCAUUCUCUGCUUCUUAUACAUGUGGCUCAUUCUCCAUCCAGCUGGAGCCCCUGGAGUCAUUGACUGGACAGGCUUCUUAGUCUCUCUCAUACUGCCACUCAAUAAAGGUUUCCUUGAAUGACCACUUGAGCUUCAUACAAUGGGGACAGGGAGAGGGCCACAGGACUAAGGAGUGGUCAGACCCUUGCCCAUUGUCAUGGGGAGAAGGGGCCUGUCAGACCCCCUCAGCCUGGCCUGGGCCCCUUGCUGCCUCACAAAUGAGCAUGAUUGAGCAAAGGCUAGGGAGUAUGGGGAAUGAGGGGCCCUGAAAAACAGCUGAGAUCUUUCUCUUGAGAGAGGUACUGCCUUUCGCCAUUCACCCUGGGUAUUGGGGAGAACUAUAAGCCAUCUUUGUAGGGCCAGCCACCAGCCUGGGAAUGAGGAAGACCCAGCUAGCUUUCAGUUCUGACCUCCAUUCUUGUGUGACCUCAGGGAAGCCAAGCCCUAUUCUCCUCUGCUCUGGUCCCAGCACUGAGCUGUACAUGGGGACAGCCUCUGAGACAGGAGGGGUGAGCUGUGAGGUCUGGAGAAGGUGGCACAUACAUGAAGCCCUAAAAGACACCAGGCCUCAUGACUGACAUGGGGAACACUCUACAGCUUGCUAAUUUCUCAGUUAAGCCUCACAAGAUCCCUGUGAGGAGAAAGCCACUACCAGUAUUUCACCCCAACCACUCUAUUUCACAGAUGAGCAAGCAGCCUCAGAGAUGGCCAGCAAGUGUCAAAGAGAGGAUUCAGACCCAGGCCUCUGGACUCUUAAGGGGUCAACACCAAAUUGCAUAGUAUUGGAAUUCAGGAAGCAAGGAGGAGAGACAGUGAGCAAACCUACCAGGCUAACCUAGGGCAUAGAGUCACCACUCAACACAUGCCCAUGGACUAAUGUGUAGGGUGAAGCCAGAUGGGAGAGAGCCUUAAAUGCCAGGUAGAGGAACAGGAGAAGCGGAAAGAGAAGAAUCCUUUCUGAGGUCUAAGGACCUCCCUGGGCAGGGAAACCCUCUGAAAGAACCCUGUAUUUGCAAUAUCUCUAAUGAGAAUCUGUCCCAUGGUGCAGCCAAUUGGCUGCCAUUCACCCUGUGGUGAAAGACCUCUAAGGAGGGGAGCCCACCUCCUCCCAGGGCAGCCUGUGCCCUUUGGAGAUGGCUGUUAGCAAGCUUCCUCACUGGGCCUCUUUGCAUCCU